AUGGUCAUGGUCUUCGGUGAAAUCACCACCAAAGCCACCGUUGACUAUGAGAAAAUAGUCCGGGAUACCUGCAGAGAGAUCGGAUUCACAUCCGCCGACGUCGGACUCGACGCCGACAACUGCAACGUUCUAGUCAACAUCGAGCAACAAAGCCCGGACAUCGCUCAAGGUGUCCAUGGUCACCUCACCAAGAAACCAGAAGAAAUCGGCGCCGGCGACCAAGGUCACAUGUUCGGCUACGCCACCGACGAAACCCCGGAGCUCAUGCCACUCACUCACGUCCUCGCAACCAAACUCGGCGCCAAACUGACCGAAGUCCGAAAAAACAAAACUUGCCCAUGGCUCCGACCCGAUGGGAAAACCCAAGUCACCGUUGAGUACCACAACGACAACGGCGCGAUGGUUCCGACGAGGGUUCACACCGUGCUAAUCUCCACCCAACACGACGAAACAGUCACCAACGACCAAAUCGCCGCCGAUCUAAAAGAACACGUCAUCAAACCAGUCAUCCCAUCUCAAUACCUCGACGACAACACCAUCUUCCAUCUCAACCCUUCGGGGAGGUUCGUCAUCGGUGGUCCCCACGGAGACGCGGGUCUCACCGGCCGGAAAAUCAUUAUCGACACGUACGGUGGAUGGGGAGCUCACGGCGGAGGUGCUUUCUCCGGGAAAGAUCCAACGAAGGUGGAUAGAAGUGGUGCUUACAUUGUGAGGCAAGCAGCGAAGAGUAUUGUGGCGUCGGGACUUGCACGGCGGUGUAUUGUUCAGGUUUCUUAUGCGAUUGGGGUGGCGGAGCCGUUGUCGGUGUUUGUUGACACGUAUAAGACCGGGAAUAUUCCGGAUAAGGAUAUUCUUGUUUUGAUUAAGGAGAAUUUUGACUUUAGGCCAGGGAUGAUGGCUAUUAAUCUUGACUUGAAAAGAGGGGGAAAUUUUAGGUAUCAGAAAACGGCGGCUUAUGGGCAUUUUGGUCGUGAAGAUCCGGAUUUUACAUGGGAGACUACCAAAAUUUUGAAGCCCAAAGCUUAA